GGGAUUGCCGCCCGCGAUAUGGAGCUUCCGGAGCUCGCGGAUAGGAAGAAGAGAGCUCGGAGGCGCGGCUACAGUCGCAGGCCCGAGAUUUACACCCAAGAUCACGAGAAGCUGCUGGGGUAUGCCAAGGAGGAGUGGAAGCACAUUGGCCGGAUCUAUGACGAUGAGAACACGAAUACCUGUCACCAAUGCAGGCAAGAAAGACGAGAAAAACUUUUUUUUUCCCCUGUGUUUAGCUUCUCAUUGAUUGUUCUUAGGCAAAAAACCAAGGGGCCUCGCAGUUACUGCGAGGUUUGCAAGACAAGGUACCAGUUUUGCGGUGACUGUCUCUACAAGAGAUACGGAGAGAACGUGAACGAGGUGCUCGGGGAUGAAAACUGGAAGUGCCCCGUUUGUAGAGACAUAUGUAACUGUAGCCGAUGUCGACGGAGAAAAGGCUGGGCUCCAACUGGUUUGAUGGCCAGGCGGGCAAUUGAACUUGGCUACAAGUCGGUUGCUCACUUUUUGAUCCUGACACGACGCUCCGGUACUCAUAUUCUCGAUGGUCCUGAGGCUUUAAGAUCAGUUGACACCAAUAAGAGACCGAAAGUGAGAGGAAAAGAAGUCGACAAUGCUUUACAGAAAAAGAAUCAUCACAGUGAAGGGAAGAAGAGGAAGAAGAAGCGCCAGAUGCGCACGGUGGAGAUCAUCAUCGUGGAAGACGAAGAUCCCUCUUGAUUGAGCAGCGGAUGGCGUGAGAAUUGUUCAGUAGACCGGGCAUCCUGCGAUGACAAUGCCUUUCGCAGUUGGACAGUCGGCCAGGGGACAAUUGUCGACGUUGUUUCCCCACCAGCUCAAGCUUCGGUUCUCGAUCCCCAGGCACAGGUAGAGCAGCACCCCCAUGAAAGCCACACCAGCGUCCAUGGCCGCCGAGAAGACGUAGUUGUACCGCUGCCACCAUCCCUUGUGGUACCGGAAGAUGAAGUAGCUGAAGAUGAUGCCGACGAUGCUCCAGGAGAUGUAGUUGACGGACGUUGCUGGGGGCAUGUAAGCCGUGGCACCGAGAAUCACCGGGAGAUUGAUGAGAGGAAUCCACUUCACGUUUGGGAAGGUCCUGGAAGCCAGCCAGACCAGCACGGGGCCGAGAGCUCCACCCAGGAAAAACCACUGGAGCUCCUUGUACUCGCCGUGGGAGCCAAACAUCCUCUUUGGCCCAAUGAGCCCCCAGAUGACGGAUGCGUCGAAGAAAACUCUAUCGCUGGGACAGGUCCAGGGGCUGUUUGGAGGCAGUAGAGACUUGUCACAGAUGUUCUCGAUGGAGCCGAGAAGCCACCACGCGCAACACAUGUUGACGAUCGCAGCGACGAUUGUUCCAAUGAACUGCAAGUGAACAAAACUUGUUUUCAGAUCAUCCUUUA